GAGUAAAGAGAGAGACAUCAUAUCUAACUCCACACAGUUUAAUGAUCUUUAUAGAGUCAAAGAUGAAGAAACUCAUUUACCUGAUUUUACUUUCUGUUCUUGUUUCCAUUCCGGGUAGUUUUGAAGUGAAUUUAGCACGUAAAGGAACAGCGACACAAUCAUCCUCAGUAACUGCGGCUCAAUACGCUAUAGAUGGUUUAAGAUCUACUGCAUCAUACUGCUCCAUUACUGGACGUGAAUUGAGUCCAUGGUGGAGGUUGGAUCUCUUGGAUUAUUAUGGGAUUAGUACAGUAGUCAUCACUACAUCAGAAAGUCGUGCGUUUCUAACCAAUGGAGCAGAGAUUCAUAUCGGAAACUCCACUGAAAACAAUGGAAACAACAAUCCCAUGUAAAGUUAUUCAUUACAUCAGUUUAACAUCUACAUGUUGCGUAAUGCUUUUAAAGUUUUAUUUAUUGAUUGAUUUUUUUUCAAUGUCUAGAUGUGCUGUAACUUCAGGUUUUGAAAUUGGUCAAACUAUCAGUUACUCAUGUGGUGUAAUGGUGGGACGUUAUAUAAAUGUGGUCAUGACUGGACUUACAGAUUAUCUCACUCUCUGUGAGGUUGAGGUCUAUGAAACAGAGAAUGUGGCUCUAAAUUCAGCAGCUAUACAAUCAUCCACAUAUUACCCCUUUGUGGCUCAAAAUGCUAUAGAUGGUAUAAGAUAUGGAAAAGGUGACGCUUCAUACUGUGCCGUUACUGGACAUCAAAGUGACCCAUGGUUGAGUUUGGAUCUUCAGCAUGAAUAUGAGAUUGGUACAGUAAUAAUCACUGCUAGAUCAGACUGUUGUGCGGCUCAAACCAAUGGAGCAGAGAUUCGGAUUGGAAACUCCACUGAAAACUAUGGAAACAACAAUCCCAAAUGUGCUGUAACUUCAGGUUUUCAAGUUGGUGAAACUAUCAGUUACUCAUGUAAUGGAAUGGAGGGUCGCUAUGUAAAUGUGGUCAUGACUGGACUUCGUUCCAAUCUCUCUCUCUGUGAAGUGGAGGUCUACGGAAAACGUCAUUAUAUAAAAAGCACUUUGAGACUGAAAUUGGUCUCCAGUGUUAAUGCAACAGCUAUGAGUGAUGAAAUCCUCAACCAGUUGGAGUCUGCUCUGUCUCUACACAACUCUGAUUUUACACUGUCCUGGAAACAAAUCCCUUAUAAAGAGGAAGUGAAAAAACAUAACAUCACGCAGAACAUCCCAGGUAUUUCAGGUUCUUGUGAUAAAAUACCUACCUGAGGGAUACAGAUGAUGUCUUCUUUUAUUUACUUAUUUACAUUAUUGUUCCUGCUGUAUGUUUCAUUUAAAGUAAGUAUCUAGCUGCAAUUUAUAGACAGUACAACAUGUCUAUAAGAUGUCUAUGUAAAGUUUUUCUAGAUUUUACACAAUUUAUCUGAAAAAAAAAUUACUGUGGAUAGGUUUUAAUUAUAUUAGUCAGUUUUGGACCUAGAGGAAGGGCACUUUAUUUAAUAGGAUAAAAUAAUUGACAAAAUAUAUUAUAUCAUAAAAUUAUUUUAUAUAAUAGACACUAGAAUGUGAUUAGAUGUUAACUAUAUAUUUGGUGGUGGGGCUGGCAGUUUAUUUUUUAGUUUGCUCAGAUUAUUAACACUGUAAACCCGGACAAGUUGAAUUUACAAGUUGAAAUGUGUUGCCCUAAUGUGAAAUAAAACAAGAGUACAUUUAACUUUUCAUAUAAUUCCAAGCUCAAUAAAUUAAAUGUUAAGUUGAUUUAACUAAAUAAUUGGUACUAUCAAUUGCUCUGUCCAACAUCUCCAUUUAGUUAAUUGAGUUACUCUUAGGGCCAGAUUUACUAAACAGGGCUAAUGGUUUGUGUUGGCCCAAGCUGUUAGUAAAUUUGGCCCUUAGUGUUAUAAAUUGCAUUAAAACACAAAAUUCAUGACAUGAUUGAAUAAACUUGAUUCUCCACAUAAACACACAAAAACUGUUUUACAUGAUUUGUUAGCAGUGGCGACAUUUCACAAAAACCUAGGGUACGGCAUACAAAAAGACAAUUCAAAUAAUGACUCUAUAACCAAAUUAUAUGUGUAUAUACUCCACCAACGUGUACAAAAUCAUACUAAAGAUUGCACGAAUGUACACUUACAGACAACAACAAUACAUACAAACAAAAAUAAAACUGAAGAUCAUGGUAGUUUGAAGUGCAACUCCAGCAACAGAUAAGCUAAAACAAGAUAAUACACAAAACAUUAUACUCCACAGCCAAAUCUUGUAGCCUAACGGUAAAAAAACAUGACACCUAAAAUUAAUAUAAUGACAUUAAUUUCAUGCCCACCAAUGUCAAAAUCAAAACUACACCCUUGCUGAAAAUACAAAUUACUGCGACUGCGGUACAAAUUUCCAGUGGACCUGUUUAUUUAUCCACAGACAACAAAUCUUACUUCUGGGAUAAUACUGGCAAUUUGCAUCUAGCUCGAGGGUGGGAGAGAACCGUGAGUCUUGAAUGUUAAAACCGGAAAGGAUUUUAUUUGAAACCUCCUGCAGGGGGAACCCCACUAUCAUAAGUUGUGGCCGACUUAAUGCUGCUCUGCAAGAACUGGCAGCGGAUGACAUCAAAGAACCGCAAAGGAGAUUCAAGAAAUUAUACGGAAGAGUUUACUUUCAAAACGUUCUCGCUACACUUUGAUGUCAUCUGCCUGUUGGUUCUUGUAGUGUAGCAUGAAGUCAAACACACGUGUAAAUUAUCACUAUUAGUAAUGUACCAAUGUUCAGAUAUGUUCUUAAAUAUUUUAAAUUAUCUUUAAAGAAAUACACAGACAAGUUAGGUAAGUCCAUAGGCCUACAUACCCUUUUCAUCUCUGUGCGUGCUGUAACUCUUAGCACAACUCUUAGUGAACUCUCUGCUCCUCACCACAGGGCUUCUUUUUGCUGCGAGCAAAUCAGCAGUCCUUUGUCUUCUGAGAAUGUAGUUUCCAACAUGUAUACGAUUAAAAGAUGGCUGUGUCUCGUAUGAUCUUGUUAUUUGUCCAUGCUGUGACUAUACAAAUCACAACAUAUACAUUUGGCAUUAUUUUGUCACUUAUUGCUAGCUGGAGCCAUUUACUUCCAGUCUUUGUGCUAAGCUAGGAUAGCGGUGGGUGCGUCAGACAGAGUUACAGCACACACAGAGAUAAUUCAUUCCACUUGAAUGUUUUAGUUUAAUGAAUUUUAUAUGCUUAAAAGUUUAAUGAAUUAUGUGCAAAACAAAACAUUAUAUGAUAUUUACUUAAUUGUUUAAGUAAAGACAAUAUCUGGGUUAACAGUGUAUGUAAUGCAGAUGCAUGCUCAUCGAACUUAAUUCAAUUGAGCAUAAAAAUACGCAAAUAAAAAAAGUAAAAGAUGUACACAAUAUAUUUUAUAUAUUUAGCAAA